AUGGCCAAAAAUUCAAAGAAACGCAAGAAUGCACCAGAGAAGGUCUCCUCGAUUGCAAAGAAACUAAAACAGGAUGUCCCUGAUACCAUGUCGAAACCGAUCCACCAUGGCCUGACGAUCUCCGACGUCGUAGCCCAAGCAGGCAUGGUUGGGGGGCUUAUCUACGAGGACGAGCUCGAGACAACGACAGAGACUCUUAUUACGCUUGCACAGAACCCAGCACUCAUCGGCCUGAAGGUGUUGAAGCCAUUCAAAACGGCGGUGCACGAUUACUGGAGGGUAGCCCACGAAACGACGAACACAGGAAGCUCCUUGACAUCGCGAAUAUCGUCGGCGCUGAUCGACAACCGCCAUGUCGAUGCACUUGUGCUGCUCUCUGAGAUGGCCAUCCGCGAGCAGUUGCCGAAGCUCGGUGCUCUUCAGCGCUGGGUGCGCGAGUGCGAUGCCGUGCUUACGCCCAGUAUGUCCCAGGAAGAGGAGAACCGUGUCUGGCAGGUACUCGAUGCGAUCCUGCGGACGACCCAGCCCGAGAUGAUUGCCUCUACGUCUAGCCCUCAUCGGGGAGAGGGGAAGUUAAAGCAGCCGGGGAGCAAGCUGCUGUGGUUCGAACCUUUUGGCGUCGAUCCUGGACUCCCGAACCCGACGAAAGGCGAGAUUGCACCGAUUACGUCGCCAGAGGCUCUCGAGACGUCUUUUAACGUCCUCCAACCUCUCCAAACCACCCUUGGCCACGAGCGACGCCCGCCCAAUAAACAUCCCAUGACUAUCUACUUCUCCCCACCCACCGAACCCUCUCCCUUCCCACUCCUUCCCGCCUCACAACGAAUCCGCCAACCCAAAAGACAUGAAGUCGUCGGAGUGCCCGGGGCCUUCAUCAUCAACGACGCUCUGGAGAAGAGCGAAUGUGAUGCCCUCGUGCGAGCUGCAGAGCGUAUCGGGAUGAUCCCUGACGAACCUACUGCGGGGUCUGCAACGCAGCUGGCCUCGGUGCUCGCACAUAAUUUUGUGUGGCUUGCUGACCAGGAGUUUAUCGAUGGGUUGUACGCGAGGGUUGUGGAUCUCUUGCCGAAGGAGGUGAAUGGGGGCAAGGUGCGGGGGAUAAAUCGACGGUUUAGGUUGUAUCGCUAUCGUCCUGGGGCGCUGUACCGACCACAUAUCGAUGGCGCCUGGCCAGCCUCAGCACUUUCCACAUCCUCAACGUCUCUCCCUACCUAUUCCUAUGUCUACGACUCUGAUCCUACCCUCUACUCCCGUCUCACCUUCCUCAUCUACCUCAACUCCUCUUCCACCACCGCCUCCCCGACCCCAUCGUCACCACCCUCCAUUCCGAUCCCCGCAGACUUUACCGGCGGCUGCACAACUUUCUUCCUCCCCUCUGCCACCCAUGGUAUCCUCGAAGCGCGCCCCGUCCAGCCGCGCGCAGGGACCGUGUGUGUCUUCCCGCAUGGUGCGGCACGAGGAAGCUUGCUGCAUGAAGGAAGCGGUGUUAUUGAAGGUGCAAAAUAUGUCAUCAGGACCGAGGUGCUGUACGAGGUGGACGGGAGUGAACGCGUCGACGUUGGGUUCGGCUAG